CGCGGCUUUUUCUAUUCUGGAAAAUCCGGUAAGAGGUAGAAGGAAGAACUCAAUUCUCGCUUCCUGGAGGGGGGGAUGGAGCGUAGUCUGUGGGGUCACUUGCCGCUGUUGAUGAGGUCGAACUCGAAGGAGUCGGUGGAAUACAUUCUUCAAGCCCUUUGGAGAACCCGAAAGACCGGCCUCGACGCCGCCGACCGCCUCGUCAUCCGCGAAAUGCUCCAGCUCCAGGACGACUCCGACCUCGACCCUCUUUUGGUGUGCCUUCGGAUGUUGAUCCGCAGGUGUAUUUACGAUAAUGUCGGCAAGGAUGACAUCCAAAAACUGUUUCCCAAUGAAGUAUUGCCUGAGCUACAAAGACUAUUGACGCUUCUGCUGCAAAAGUUUCAACGAGAAUGGCGCGAAGAUCUACUCAAGGACCAGGUUACAUUGCCCCGGUUGAAGGCAAUGACGUGGAAUAUGGCUAACCAGGAUGCAGAAUCGGCCGACCCUGUGGCUGUCAUCAACUUGAAGCUUCAAAAUGAUGCACAGUCUCACUCAGGAGAAUUGGAUGUGAAGUUCCAACUAGCUAAAGAUACUCUACAGACAAUGCUGAGCUCCAUGUACUGUAUAAGAGAUCAGUUGUCUAACAUGGAUGAGACCUCAAACAGGCAUUCAUCCCAAGAAACCAACAUGGUGUAGUUUACAAUAUGCAUGGAAUUCUGUGAUUAAGGAAAUGGAUCUUGAUCAACCACAUGUCCUGUGAGCUGCUCAAGAAAGGCAGAUCCACCUCAAACCUGGCAGUCACCAGCACCUCUUCUAUGUUUCUUCAAGUUGAAAGAUGAACAGUGAAUAUGUGUAAGGUCCUGCUGUUUAGCAUUAGGCACGUGAAAAACUGUAAUUGUAUAUAAUACAAUCUGGGUUCUUUAAUUCUUUAUGACAAAUUCUCAAUGCAAUUAUAUGUCAAUAUUCUGAGGAA